UGCCACCUAACAGUGCCCAUCAGUGCUGCCUAUCAGUGCUGCCUAUCAGUGCCAUCAGUGCUGCCUACCAGUGCAGCCUCAUCAUUGCACAUCAGCGGCACUGACUGGCACUGUUAGGCGGCACUGACUGGCACUAAUAGUUGCCACUGUAAGGCAGCUCUGAUGGGCACUGAUAUGUGGCAUUGAUCAGGGUAGCCCCAUCAAUGCCACCUGUCAGUGCCCAUCAAUGCCACAGACCAGUGUAGAUGUCCCCUCUGAG